CCUCGUAGCAACAAGCAGGCCCUCCCCGGCCCCUCAGGCAGCUGGCUCUGCCAGGGCAAGGAGGCCCGAGGGAGGGCUUCGAAACCAUGCUUCCGGACUGACACUCCUUGGCGCGCCCGAGAGCCAAGCCAUGGAGAAGGAGGUGGCGACGGGGCACAGGCGGCAUCGGCCCACGCCGGGAACCGCCGCCCUCCCGGUGGCCUCCAGGCUCCACAGAGUGGUCACGGAAGCCUCCGAGCUACAGAGGAGCAAGAGCGAGGCGGCCUUCCCUCAGAGGAGGGAGAGAGCCAGUCCGGCCAAGUCGCUGUUGCAGGAAAUCGCUGAGGAGUUGGAAAAAGAGCCAAGAGUCGAAGUGGAGGAUGCUAGCUGCCAGGUGAACUUAGAGGAUGAAAAGGACAAGCACCCAGGUGCACUAAAAAAGGUAGAGAGAAAGACAGGGGAGAAUGAAGAGGAGGAAGAAGGUGAAAAUGAGGAGGAGGAGGAGGAGGAGGGAGAUCCAGAGAAAGAAAAGAACAGAAAACAUUCCCUCGAAGAAAUGUAUGCGGAAGCAGAGGCAAGUGACCCGGAGUUUUCCAAGCCAGACGACCUCCUGCUUGAGAAAUAUGACAGCUCUUUCCUCCUUCAGAAACUGCACCCUGUAUUUGUGGAGAUCGAUUUACGAGACCACGUCGAGGAGAAUAUCGAAAGAAUUUUGGCGGAAGGAGAGAUCGACGAGGAGGCGGGAGAGAGGUCCGAUGAAGAUGAUGCGGCAGGCCCAAGAGCAGCUGGAUGUGCUGUUUCCCCGUGUCGGCAAAGAAGAAACCCAAAGACAGAAGCCUGUAACCAAUCCAGAAGGAGCUCAAGACCACCCAGCCAGCAGGGACCCCCCAACCCCGAACUGGCAGGCGGACCUCCCGUAGAACUACUCCACACCCCCCUUUUCCACAAAGAAUUAAAGUCUGAGAAAAACCGUGGAAAUGGGUAACGUGUGUCUGUUUCACCUCGCUGAUUUCCUACUACAACCCAGCCUGCGUACUUGGAUCCUCUUAACUGC